CGUGACCGGCCGAGCCCUCCAGCACGUGACCGGCGGCGGCUGCAUGGAGGCGAUGUCCGCGGGACCCGCGCGCCCCUUCCCCCUCCUCCUCCUCCUCCUCCCGGUGCUGGGGGCGGCAGCCCCCAGCCGCCCCCCGCCCUUCCAGGAGCGCUUCUUCCAGCAGCGGCUGGACCACUUCAACUUCCAGAACUGCCGCAACCGGACCUUCCCCCAGAGGUACCUCAUCACAGAUAAGUUCUGGAAUCCGGGGGUUGGCCCCAUCUUCUUCUACACGGGCAAUGAAGGAAACAUCUGGGACUUCGCCCUCAACACCGGCUUCCUGCUGGAGCUGGCGGAGCAGCAGAGGGCCCUGGUGGUCUUUGCAGAACACAGGUAUUACGGGAAAUCGCUUCCAUUCGGAGCAGCAUCCUUGCAGGAGCCGAACAUUGGCCUGCUGAGCGUGGAGCAAGCCUUGGCCGAUUACGCGGUUCUCAUCGCGUGGCUAAAAGAGCAGCACCGAGCACAGCACGUGCCGGUCAUCACCUUCGGGGGCAGUUACGGAGGGAUGCUCAGCGCCUACAUGAGGAUGAAGUAUCCCAACCUGGUGGCCGGGGCCCUGGCUGCCAGCGCCCCUGUGCUGUCCACCGCGGGGAUUGGGGAUCCCGGCCAGUUCUUCAAGGAUGUCACAGCAGACUUUCAGAACUACAGUCCAGAGUGUGCCAAAGCUGUCCGAGAAGCAUUCAGACAAAUCAAAGACCUCAGCCUGGUUGGAGCUUACGGGAAAAUCGGCACGGAGAUGGCUCUCUGCCACCAGCUUUCGACUCAAGAGGACAUCAAGCAGCUCUUUGAGUUUGCCCGGAAUGCCUUCACCAUGAUGGCUAUGAUGGAUUAUCCUUACAAGACGGAAUUUUUGGACCAUUUUCCAGCGAACCCCGUCAAGGUUGGCUGUGAACUGAUGUUGGCCAGCAAAGACCCAAUCCGAGGGCUGGCGGCUCUUUCUGGAGUAUUUUACAACUCCACGGGGAUGGCAGUGUGUUUCGACAUUUACCAGCUGUAUCAUAAAUGUGCCGAUCCAACCGGCUGCGGCUUAGGCCCCAAUGCUGAAGCUUGGGAUUAUCAGGCCUGCACCGAGAUAAACUUAACGUUCAGCAGCAACAACGUGACCGACAUGUUUCCGGAGCUGCCCUUUGCGGAGGCCGCCAGGGAAGGCUACUGCUUCCGCAAGUGGGGGGUCUGGCCCCAGCCAUCGUGGCUGCGCACCAACUUCUGGGGCAGCGAUCUGGCUGCUGCAAGCAACAUUAUCUUUUCCAACGGAGACUUGGACCCCUGGGCAUCAGGCGGCGUGCGAAAGAACCUGAGCUCCUCCCUGAUUGCCAUCACCAUCAAAGGGGGCGCCCAUCACCUCGAUCUGCGGAGCUCCAACCCAGCUGAUCCCGCCUCGGCCAGGGAAGCUCGGCUACAGGAAGCCAGGAUCAUUCAGGGCUGGGUGGAGGCGGCCACCAAGUAGCGUCUGAGUUGCCAGCCGGUGCCUUAACAGAAGCCCCCAGACCGUUGGGCGUGAAGGGAGGGAAACUGUAGUAUCCUCUUGAAGCAAUGACACUUUCGUGCUGCAGAGCAAGGAAUAAAGCUCUCUCCAGGGAACCUUCCUGGGUUGGGAGGUUCAUGGAGGCUGGGAUGAAACAGGCCUUUGUUCACCUCUUUCUAAGAAAGGAUCUGGGAACUGCAGGGGGUG